GCAGUGCUUGGUGUUUUUUGUGAAUCUCGUGUUCGGUUGAGUGAAAGAGUCUCAGAAAGUGUUGUUUUCGUCCGGUUACAUCACCGCGAACUUGAGGAGCUUCCAAGAGGAGUGCAAAAUGUCUUUCAAAUCACGCAGGUGGUGAAGAGCAAGGAUCAACCAAAGACACAACUAGUGUUGUACAGUCCAGUGGGAAGCUAAAGGUGCUGCAGUCUUUGUCAAGACUCAAACCUACACCAACAUGAACUCAGCUAUGAGCACAGAGUCUAUGGACAUGGCUGAGGAGGACAUGUCGCAGGUGGAGGGGCUGAGCGGCGCGUCGGACGACGAGGACGAGUGCGUGUCGUCGCCGGCGGGCUCCACGUACGACGACGGCGCCGACGCCAUGAAGAACGCCAUGAGCGACGAGGUCACCAAGCAGCUGGCUGCCGCAGGUCCGGUGGGCAUGGCUGCAGCAGCAGCAAUAGCUUCGUCGAAGAAACGGAAGAGGCCACAUUCCUUCGAAACAAAUCCCUCUGUGAGGAAGAGACAUCAAAACAGACUACUUAGAAAACUCAGACAAACGAUCGAGGAGUUCGCGACGCGCGUGGGCCAGCAGGCGGUGGUGCUGGUGGCGACGCCGGGCAAGCCCAACACGUCGUACCGCGUGUUCGGCGCCAAGCCGCUGGAGGACGUGGUGCGCAACCUGCGCUGCAUGAUCAUGGAGGAGCUGGAGAACGCGCUCGCGCAGCAGUUCGGGCGGGGCGUGUGCCCGCAGGCGCCGCCGCCGCCGCUGGACGACCCGUCGCUGUUCGAGCUGCCGCCGCUCAUCAUCGACGGCAUCCCCACGCCCGUGGAGAAGAUGACGCAGGCGCAGCUUCGCGCCUUCAUCCCGCUCAUGCUCAAGUACUCCAUGGUGCGCGGCAAGCCGGGCUGGGGGCGCGAGUCGACGCGGCCGCCGUGGUGGCCCAAGGACCUGCCGUGGGCCAACGUGCGCAUGGACGCGCGCUCCGAGGACGAGAAGCAGAAGAUGUCGUGGACGCACGCGCUGCGGCAGAUCGUGAUCAACUGCUACAAAUACCACGGACGGGAAGACUUGCUGCCCGCCUUCAACGAGGAGGAGGACGACAAGGGACCUCCCACGCAGCCCAUGUCGCAGUACGCGCCCGCCGUGCUGCAGACCAUCACCAACCCCGACGGCACGGUGUCGCUCAUCCAGGUGGACCCCAACAGCCCCAUCAUCACGCUGCCUGACGGCACCACCGCGCAAGUUAUCCACAGCGGCGCGGACGGCGCGGACGGCGCGGUCACCGUCGACCUCAACGCCGUAGCGGAGGCGACGCUCAACCACGACGGGCAGAUCAUACUCACCGGGGAGGACGGACAGGGCUACCCGGUGUCGGUGUCGGGCGUGAUCACGGUGCCGGUGUCGGCGUCCGUGUACCAGUCCAUGGUGGCCAGCAUGCAGCAGCAGGACGGCGUGUGCAUGGCGCCGCUCGUGCAGGUGCGCGCGCGACACGCCCGCUCGCUCAUCAAGCUAGAGAUUGAGUGACGCUCCCUGCUCGGAGUAGAGAUGGAGUAGCGCGCACGCUGCUCGGAGUAGAGAUGGAGUAGCGCGCACGCUGCUCGGAGUAGAGAUGGAGUAGCGCGCACGCUGCUCGGAGUAGAGAUGGAGUAGCGCGCACGUUGAUCGAAGUAGAGAUAUGAGUAGCUAGAAAUGGAGAAGCGCGCGCUGCUCAAUGUACAAAUAUGAGUAUCGUGCACGCUGCUCAAGCUAGAAAGGGAGUAACGCGCACGCUGAUCGAAGUAGAUAUAUGAGUAACGCACACGCUGCUCGGCCGUCUGCGUUUCUGUAGAGAUUGAGUAGCGCGCACGCUUACUAGAGUAUCUCAGAUCUCUGUCACAACUCUGAGUGUUACUCUUAACGCCCGCACGCUGCUCAGAGUAUAGGUCGAGUAGCGCGCAUGCUGCUCAAACCAGAGAUUGAGUAGCGUUCAGAUUGCUCAGAAUAGAAGUAUUGCACGAGUGCUUGUACAAUUCUACCAUUUUUAGAACUCUCAUUGACAGAAGUCAGCCUUAUACUUAAUGGAAACGAAUAUGUAAGGGUUGACAUUUAACUUAUUAAAUCAUUAAUUACAGUGAUUUUAGGCGCUUAAACGAGCGACUUGCUUGCUAUCUUAAAGUGCGCAUAAACAAAAAAUCUGAAAGAUAAAUAAAACAUGUAAUUAUUUUCAAUCAAAUAUAAUGUAUGAUGUCAUAAAACUGUGCCAUUUAAAACAAAGUUAAUUUGAAACCACACAGUGAUCCAUUGUGAUAUUAUAAUUAUAGAUAUAUAAAACAAUAUUUUAUACAAAUUUUAUAUAUUUAUGAUAGAUCUCUACUUACUACAGUUACUAUGUUUACCAAAUAAAUAAAAUAUAUGGCAUUUUAUAGGUCCAGUCACACAGAAGGAGCACUCUUAGUUUGUUGGAAAGUAUAAAGUUGGUUGGAAUUUAGUGUACAUUUAAAAUUGGUCGGGCAUACACCUACAAAAUUGUUUGAUAUUUAACCACUUAUCAGUCAUUUUAUGGAAAACUAGAGGGCUGGAGCUAAAAAAUGUUAUAAAUAAAGAACCACUCGAUCGAUUUUGUGAUGAAACUUCACAUAAAGCAUCUACUAAAUAGUUCGAACAAAGCCUAAACAUUUGGUUUGAAAAAUGAAUCCGUGCUUGAGUUAAAAAAUUACAACAAAAAGUGGCAUUGAAUUUUAUAUAUAUAGUUUAUUAUUUUCAGUUGGGUAUUUUUUGUUUGACAUUUGUUUGGAGCUUUGACCAGUGCUCUUUUUGUGUGCAAUAUUUUUUAAAUUAUUAUAACAGGCAGUGAGAUAUUGAAUAUCUUAAGUACAAAGUCAUUAGCUAUUAAUUAUUAUUUAUUUUAGAUAUAGUAUACUACAUUUAUUGUUUUUAUUUUUUUAGUUUGAAAAAUUCGGUUUUCGUUGAAAUCUUUAUCGUGCAAUUUGUGCCAAAUUAAUCAAAUCUUAUAUUUGUUACGUUUCGAAAUCCUCCUAAAAUCCUAUUUUUAUCCAAAAGUAAGCAAUGUAUGGUAUCACUUCGAUGUUACUUCACUUCGUUCCGAAGUCACACUGCUCCCGUCGUCCUGUCCGGCGCGUAUUUAUAACAGUGACAAUAAUUCUAGAUCACGAACAAUAACAAAAGAUCAUUAUUGCAAAUUUACAACAACUCGAUAUUGUCGAGUGAUUGUAGACCUUAUGUCACUAGUACUACGGUCCUCCGUUACAUUAUAUUUGUAGAAAUGGACUAAAAUUUUUCAUAAUAUUCUAAUGCAAACGUCUCAGUAAAAUAUAAGGACUCUGUCUCAUAUAUAUUGGUGUCAUGUAUCUGUUUCUAUAACUCGAGUAAAAUAUAAUAUUAUGUACAUAUUUUUUCCCGAGACAUUCAAAACUUCGAUCGUUUUCUCAGUAUAUAUUGUCAAAGUAAAAUAGGUCUUAUUCUGUAUGUAUCAAAGUUUAUUCUACAUUUCCAAUUUUACUAUCGAAACGUAUGUAGAAGGUCAACCUCGAUAUGAGAUGCAAUAAGUUGUAAACUCGUUCCUUCAUUUUGGUGUUUAAAAGUUUCAAAAAAAUCGUGUUUAUUCAGGGUCAAAUGUCACAAAAAUCAUUUUUUACAAACAAAAUUAAGAUUACGUAAUACAGGUUACAGCUUUUUGUCUCUCAUUCCAUUCAUUAGUACAAUGUGGAUGAUUUUAACUUAAAACAAAAGUCACAAUAAAUAUCAUAGAGAAAGAAGAUUCAUAAGUUCUACUUGAUAUCAUCUAUAUUAGACUAUGACUGUUUGGGGUUUUUUUUUUUACUUUCAUGGCACUUAAAUGUACUGUGUAGUAUAUUUUUUACCAAAGAAGUAUUUAAGGCCUGUGCGCAUGUAUUUGUCAGUAUUGCCAUGCUAUUUAUUUUAUCAAAUUAAUUUUAGUAGAUUUUUUGUUUUAUUUACACUAAAUUAGUUUUUUUAAUAAUUAUUUAGUAAGAAAAGUGCAAUAAACUUUGUCAUAAUUGUACAUUAAGUCGAAUUGCUAAUGACACUAUUCCUAUUAAAACUACAUUUAUAAACAAAUAAAGGUACUAUUUUGAAAAGUGCGUAGUUUUUGGGUAAUUAAAAGUACAAUCAUAUAGCUGGGAAUAUUUGCGUGAAUAUUUAUCUACAAAAUAAUCCUUUGAAAUUUUAGUUAAUGUAUUGUUAAUUAUAUUAUUUUAUUUAGUGUCAUUAUUGUUCCUAUUAUUGCAAUUUGAAAGUUAUAGGAUUCGAUCCACACACAUUAAAUUAUUAUUGUUCAAAACCCCUAGCACAGGGGUUUUAGAAUAUUUGGUAUGAAAAGUAUAGGAGAGGGGUUAUUCGAAGUGACUGUGUGCGUCAUUACCUAGUGGCCUGUCGCCAAGUGGCACAUCGACUCUCUUUCUACAAACGCUAACGCUUCGAAAACCAGAAAAAUGUAUGGGAAUGACGGAUCCGAUCGAUAACUUGAUCACGUGACCUGUUGAUAGCAAACCCAAUACAUUUUUGAGUUUUCGAAGCGUUUGCGAUCGUAGAAAGAGAUUCCAUGCCACUUGGCUACCAGUCAAGAUCGGGAAGAAUCAUAAAAUUGUUGUAGAGUGUUCUUUAAAAGUGCAUGACAAUAUUUAUUUAAUAGUUUUUAAUUUGUUGUCUUUAAGUUGUAAGUAUAAUAAUAAAGUCUGUUGUGCACAUUGUGUUAUAUCAAUGCCUUAAGUAUUUUUGCUUGUUAGGUUAUAUUAAGAGUUUUAUGUGUAUAUUUGGUUUAUUUUAAUUUUAUUUUUAAAUACAUAAGUAGAAAAUUAUAUAUAUUUUUUGUGUUACGUUUUGUUUUUUGUUUUCUGCGCACUGGGAAUUUUGUUAAUUUGACGUAAGUAGGUACUUAUACUAAAAUUAUGAAUGGGAAGUCUGUUUCUCUAUCAAUUAUUCACGACUACAUUACGGAACCCUGCACUGCGCGUGGCCUUUUUUUUUCGGAGGAGGGAAAGUUCUCAUGGACACCCAUCUUGAAUAAUGGACUCUUACCGGUUAAAAACCCCUCCUACCUUCUAGACGCUCGUGUCUCUGCCAUAAAGCCUACCUCCAACGUCGCGAGUCUUAUUUACCCCCCAUUUUCCUUGAUUUUCAUUAUACACACGCACAAAAUUUUUUAACCAACAUCAAUUAAUUUUAGUAUAUAUAUAUUAAUAUUGUAUAUCAUCGAUCUCCUAUUAAAAAGUGGAUGCACAAUCAGCGACCAAAACACGUCCCCACUCAAUAAAUGCCAAACACAACUUCUUGGCACUCAUACCAAGUAAUCGCAUUUGCAAUUAAUGCAACUCAAUUCUUAAGGUUGAAUUUGCUCUGAAUUUGGGACUUUAUUGAAUAUUGGACUAUAUGUAAAGGCCUUUAGGUAUAAUUUUCUUUACCAAUAAUUCUAAAACUGUCAAAGCAAAAUUGGCCAGUUUUUGAGUGAAAUUUUGUACAUGAUUGUGCGUCCUUUUACUAUAAGAGGUCAAUGUAAUGUAAUGUAUACAUAUAAAAUUCCCAGUGCAGUAGAGUUUACGCUAUGUUUCUACACUUUCUGCCAGUUACACAAUAAACACCGAUUGUGUAUGUGUGUGUUUUAUUUUGAGUUGCUGUAGUGUGUGUUUGUGUGACGUCACAGAACUGCCUCGCUGCACGAUAGGUGUGUAUACAUUUAUAUUUUAUUAAUUUUUAUUACUAGUAGUAGCUUAUUGUUAUAUUUGUGGAACAUCCAUAUUUGUAAAUAAUUAACCUUCUUUUAUUAAAAUAAAUUUAAAGGAAAUGUUUAAAGGUUAAACUAUAGGUAUAAUUUAUUAAAUACGACGAACUUAGUUUUAAGUUAAAACAGACAAAUGUUAAAAUAAUUUAAAACGUGGAUGGUGAUCGUCUUAACUAAAAAAUGGAUUUCCAUAUGUUUAUUCAAAUUGUAUACGUACAUAGACAGACGCCUUACAGACUAGUCAUUAUUGAAUGCUUUGUUUCUGACAGAAAUUUAGAAAUGAAUAUUGGCAGUAAUUAAGAAAGCGUAUUAUCUUGUUACCUACUAAAAUAACAGCUACUAUUGAAUACUAGAAGAAACUCGCGGUUUCACCUGCGUAGUUCCCGUUCCCAUGGAUAUAACAUAGCCUAUGUUUUUUGAGUUUAUUCGAAACAUACAAAAUAUUACAUAUUUCGUCUUUAUAUUAUUAGUAUAGAUGUUGUGACGUCACAAUGUUAGUAAAACAGGCUCAUGUGCAGGUCGACCAGAACGGCGAGACGCUGGAGGCGAUCUCCAUGAGCGGCGGCGUGGCGCAGGUGAUGCUGCAGGGCGGCGGCGGCGAGACGCAGGUGCUGCAGGUGCUCAGCCUGAAGGACGCCACCGUGCUCACCAAGGCCAUGGUGAGUGUCUCACUGCUGGCCGGCUGCGAGAGCAUGAGCGGCGGCAGGCGCAGGUGAUGCUGCAGGGCGGCGGCGGCGAGACGCAGGUGCUGCAGGUGCUCAGCCUGAAGGACGCCACCGUGCUCACCAAGGCCAUGGUGAGUGUCUCACUGCUGGCCGGCUGCGAGAGCAUGAGCGGCGGCAGGCGCAGGUGAUGCUGCAGGGCGGCGGCGGCGAGACGCAGGUGCCGCAGGUGCUCAGCCUGAAGGACGCCACCGUGCUCACCAAGGCCAUGGUGAGUGUCUCACUGCUGGCCGGCUGCGAGAGCAUGAGCGGCGGCAGGCGCAGGUGAUGCUGCAGGGCGGCGGCGGCGAGACGCAGGUGCUGCAGGUGCUCAGCCUGAAGGACGCCACCGUGCUCACCAAGGCCAUGGUGAGUGUCUCACUGCUGGCCGGCUGCGAGAGCAUGAGCGGCGGCAGGCGCAGGUGAUGCUGCAGGGCGGCGGCGGCGAGACGCAGGUGCUGCAGGUGCUCAGCCUGAAGGACGCCACCGUGCUCACCAAGGCCAUGGUGAGUGUCUCACUGCUGGCCGGCUGCGAGAGCAUGAGCGGCGGCAGGCGCAGGUGAUGCUGCAGGGCGGCGGCGGCGAGACGCAGGUGCUGCAGGUGCUCAGCCUGAAGGACGCCACCGUGCUCACCAAGGCCAUGGUGAGUGUCUCACUGCUGGCCGGCUGCGAGAGCAUGAGCGGCGGCAGGCGCAGGUGAUGCUGCAGGGCGGCGGCGGCGAGACGCAGGUGCUGCAGGUGCUCAGCCUGAAGGACGCCACCGUGCUCACCAAGGCCAUGCAAGUAAAGUCGGAGCGCGACGCGGUGGUGGCGGACUCCUAGCUACUGACCCUGGUGGCGAACUCGCCGCCGCCUCACAUGCAGGAGCCGCUCGAGCACACAUAGCGCCUGGAUAGGCGCCCGGCAGCCAGCGCCCAGCCGCCCGGCCGAAACUGUACUGACACCGUCAUACGACAGACUAAGGACGCAUUUGUCACUGACGCGUGAAGUACCUUUGUGGUAUGGACUAAACCUCGCUCCGGCGCAGAAACGAAUCGUGUGCUUAUAGGCCUUACGACAGGCUAUAGUGAUGUCCAACGUUUGUGAAUGAUAUUUACGUCAAUAUGAGACAUUGUACCCAGGCAAUACUUAGCCCAAAGUAUGGGUAAUACGAUUUCUACCUAUUGCCCUUAGUACGAAUGCAUAACUCGCAAAUGUUGAUGGUUUUCGAUUUUUAUCGAAAUUUUAUUCCACGCAAAGAUAUGGCAACUUCGAUAUAUUCGUGUGAUUAAUUCGUAGUUGCCUGUGAUAUUUAAUUAAAAAUAGUUGUCGUCUAUAGACGUCUGUGUAAAUAUGUAAUAUUAGAAAAGUCUCAUACCUUUGAGACAUAUUAAAUCAAGUACCAAAAAAUUAGAAAGUCAUGCUUAGAAACGCAAAUAAUGUGUGUGAAAGGAGUUAAGGCCUAAUGAUUCCUGAGAGUGUUGUGAGGGACAGGCUCUUAUGUAUUGUUCAAACCAUAUCCGUAAGAAAAAACAUCGCAUGUUUAGAAAUAAUUUCACGAGUGAGAAUUUAGUAAUGCUAUGACAGUAACGUUAUAUAAAUAUAUUUUGAUAGCGAUGGUUUGACUGACCAGCUGUUUAUGUUUUAGAUGAUUUGUACAGAGUAUUUUGGAUUAUUUCAAACAACAACAAACUAAUAUAAUUAAGCAACUUAACGACAGGUUAUAUAUUUACAUUGAGAUAUUUGGAAACGAGAGGUUAUUCAAAAUAAGUUAGCAUAUCAGAUCGAGUCAGUAGAAGACCAAAAUGGAAAAUACGUAGAUGCGCGGGUAUGAAGUCGUGCGCUCGGGGCAUCGCUACUCCCCCGCCCUUGCGGACCAUCGUAAAUGUUACGAAUGAACUUUCCAAGCUAUAGCAAUAUAAUUAUAAUAAAUAGUCCAUCGAACCGAACGGGUCUAAAAUUCCAUUCAAUUUAAUUCAUCUAUGUCUAGUUAUUCAGUCAUACUCGGGUUUCGAAAAUCAUGCAAGUUGUGCAAUUUCGUACUAAGGUGAUGUAACGUUACUGUUUUAGCAGUCAGUUGGUGGCAGAAUGUACGAGCGUGUAUUGUGACUACGUCACAGGUUUUACUGAUAAGUAGCGUAAUUUUAUACUUGUACCUCUAGUGCGAGUUUUUCGAAAACAUUGAAGGAGUCAAAUUUACUUUUCGAAAACAAUGAAAUCUCAAACUCGUACUAGGGGUAGUGAUCUCGAUGAUCAUAAAAUAUAAAUGCCAUUAAAUGGGACUAAUUAACUUAAUUUAUUUAUUUAACUAAUUUAUUGAAUUAACUAUUUAUUAACUAUAUUUUUUAGAUUAAUAAAUCACUAAAAUUGACCUUUAUGUCUUAAAAAAUGUUUGUAACUUUAGUGAUUUACAUCUAAAGAUAUGCGGUUCGUUCGAGAUGAAAAAGGGGUAGAUUGUACAUAUUUAAAAAGGCAUAUUAAAACUAUCUAGUUUUUGGCAACCUCAGGGCGUAAUCUCAUAAAAGUUAUAUUUAUUACAUUUAUAGUUAUCGCCCCGGAAGCGUGGACUUCAUCCUAAUUGCCUACUUUGAGUGUAUUAUUUUUAUGUAAAAAUAAUUCGUAUUUCUUUAUUAAUUUUAAACUAAUGAUUUUUUUUUCUUUUAAUUUGUAUCUACCUCUUUUCAUUUCAAUAAUCAUGGUCUAUACAGAAAUCAGUUAAGUGCAAUAUUUUUGUUUUUUACAAACACCAAUCGCGUUUAUAUUAUUUCGUAAGAUUCUAAAACAUCUUUAUUUAUUUAUUUUUGUUUUUAAUAUUAUACACAAAUUAAUUUAAUAUUUAUUAUUUUACAUUCCUUUUAACUUAAUUUAUUUAUUUAAGAGUAUUUGUUAAGAACUUUGUUAUUUUUGUCUAAGAAUUGUUUGUUGAAUAUUGCGGGCCGCGUUGGGAAAGUUGAAAUGGUUGUAUGUUUGACAUUCUUCGUCAUAAAUUAAGUUUACUUCGGUAAAUAUACAAUAAAGCUUCAAUUCUACUAAGAAUAUUAUAUAAGUAUGAUAUACAGUAUAUAUGCGAAAACUGAUAAGAUAUUGUUUAAAGGUACGUAGGUACCCGUGAUUGAUUUUGUAGUAAUUUUUGUCAUUCAUAGUACACAGUAAAUAACUCUAUUUGAGCUAGAGCUAUUUACAGUUUCAAAUAGAGUUAUUUACAGUUCUAAACGUUUAUAUUUCACUGGUAACUUAAUUUAUUAUUUAGCUUUGUUAUUCAUUUAGAGAAAAUACUACAAUAUUGAUGGUCAUUUCUCUUGUAAUCUUAAUAUAUCGAUAAAUAGGUAUGCCGUUUGUGGCACAUCACUGUCUCUUUUAUAAUAAGUAAAAGCGAGUGAGACAACAUUAUCACCACUGACGUAUUUCCCAGGUUUUACGAACUUUACUUCUAUGAGGUUUUUGUUGAUUACUUUAAUAGAAUAAAUAGAAUAAAGCUGGUACGUUUGAUUUAAAGGCGUGCUUUGAGAUGCACCAAAAGUUAUUAAAACCAGUUUCAACUUUUCUGGCGAGGUUUCUACCCAAUCUAGUCUUACCCAGUCAUUAACGAAACGAUCUAGUCUUACUGAAGAGAGUAUACAAAAAAAAACUUUUUUAUAAUAUGUAAUUAAAUUUGUAACAUACGUACCUCUAGUUGAAUUAAAGUACCUAUCUAAUGUAUUUACUUAAUUAUUGUACAGUUUUCUAAUUCGGUAGUCCACGAAUGUGUGUGUCACUGUUGAAAGUAGUGUUACUCUUUUUAAUAAAGGAAAGGGUGACAAUGCUUUAAUGAGUUUUAGUAGAAGAUUUAUAUUAGAAACGACCUUCACCCAUCUGUUUAUUAGAUGAAGUGUUUUUAUUUUUAUAUUAAAGGAGAUGGUCCAAAAUUAUAUGGAGCCCAGGUUCAGUUCAGAUCAUUGUACCCUGGCUGAAAUAAAAGAAAAUAUUUUUUUUAACUAUUUUCGAUUACACAAAUCUACGAAUUUACUUUAAUUCUUUCGAAAUAAUAUUCAUUCUCUCCCAAGAAAUGCAACACGAAAAUAUGAGUAGCAAUGGCGGAUUGAUGAUGUUUUCAACGCAAUAGUCGUUUUGACGUUUGCUGUCAAAUGUCAUGUCAUAGUUGCUUUAUGGGCGCCAUCUUGAUAUAACUCAAAAACUUAGGUUUUUAAUUUUUUUUUUAUUUAUUUCUUUUUAUUUAGUUACAUUUAUUGAGGUAUUUAUAUUUAAACAAAUACCCUGUAUUUUUUAAAUUUUAAUGAUACGGGGUACAAGAGUGGGCCUGAAAUGGACCAGCUCCUUUAGUAUGUUACAAAAUAUAUUAUUGUGAGUAGGUUGCCUAAAACUUCCUGGCCAAACUACCAAUCAUUAUUAACUAUCAUUAAUGGUACUAACCUACUUGCAAAAUAUUUUUUAACAUCGUAAUUUUGUGUAUAACACUUUCAUCCAUCAAACAGAUGGGUGAAGGUCGUUUCUAGUAUGGAUCUCAGACUAUUUCGUUUGUAGACCGAGAGCCUGUGAUAACCAGGAAUACCUCAUUUAGCAACGCUGAAAGUUUGUCAGCUCCUGCUACCACUACUACCUUAGGUAACUAAAGGUAAUUUGGAAGUAAGGUUAGGACCUUGGUGGGUUUGGAAGGUAACAAGGCUCUAUUUUCCAAAUAUUAAACGUAAUUCUUUUUUAUAUGAUUUGGAUUUGUCAUAUUAUAAUGCUGAGUGUUACCAGCUCCUCGAGUACGGGUGGUAUUUACAUUCAUUAUUUUAUUAUAAAAAGGAAGUAUUUGUAAAAAGUUGGUACAACUGUGAUAGUAUAAAUAAAAUGUUAUGUGAGUUCAGUUCUUUGUUAGGCAGCGUAGAUGUUGCCACGCUGCUAGUCUCGUUAGUGAUUUUGUUGACUUAAACCUACACCCAAUGUCACAAGUCCUGGGCCCUGCUCUAGGUGUUUCCUCUACCACAAAAUGAUGGUACAAUCACUGUCGCUGCCACCCGACACGUUAUAUUAAAUGAAAUGAAAAUUUAUUAUUUAUAGUUUUACAAUCACUGAUGUGGCUGAGACCUUCCUUCUUUUAAGUAAAAACCUGUGUCAGAAGAUCUCGGUCUUCCUUAUUAACAAAUUUAUGAGUAAAAUAUUAAAAAAUUAGCUUUAUAUUUAGACGGUUGGAGUGCCUGAGCCCUUGAAAUCUUCUAAAGCCACAGUCCAAACUAUAAUUUGCUACUCUACUUGGGUACCUAUGGUAAGAGAUUGGGCUUACUUUCAGCCUUAAAUGUGGUAUGUACAUGAAUUGUAUACAACCGAAUUAGCCUUUACAUGACUAGAACUCGUGCAGGGACCCAACUGUUUAUGUUUUCUGUAAUGUUUGGCAUAUUUGAGUGCCAGUUAAACACAGCAAAGUGCCCACAUUUUCGUUCUAACAUGAUUUUAUUGCAUAGAUACAGCGACUUAAAAGACCUCUUAGGUACCUAAUGAAAACAAAACAAACAUAUGCAGACAGGUUACGACAUUAGUUGUAUGUUUUAGGGUAAUAUUUUGAGACAGGCUUUGAGUUUUUUAUUAUUAUUAUUAUUUACAAGUUAGCCCUUGACUACUAUCACACCUGAUGGUAAGUGAUGAUGCAGUCUAAGAUGGAAGCGGACUAACUUGUUAGGAGGAGGAUGAAAAUCUACACUCCUUUUCGGUUUCUACACGACAUCGUACUGGAAUGCUAAAUCGCUUGGCGGUACGUCUUUGUCGGUAGGGUGGUAACUAGCCAUGGCCAAAGCCUCCCACCAGCCAGACCUGGACCAAUUAAGAAAAUCUCAAUCGGCCCAGCCGGGGAUCCGUUUUGUAAAUCCACUGCGCAUACCUCUGCGCCACUGAGGCAGUCAAAAAUUUAGAAGUUCGAUGAAUUUUUAUGUAAAGGCCGAUAAAUAUAUAUGGUGGUGGCAUAAAACACCUUUAUAACCAGUCCACAAGGUUUUAAGCUAGGGUAAGCACUGGACAUUGUAGGUACAAAAUCGAAAAUUCUUACUAUACAGGUUCAAGGUAUUAUUUUAGUAUGUAGGAAGUAUACGCCACUAUUUAUACCUAUGUAACUAGUAUUUUUAAGAAUAUAAGCAAUAUUUUAAACAUGACCAAUAUUUCCCUUUACCCCUUCCACUAGUAGUUGGCGCGACAAUAAGGAUCAUAGAGAAAUCCUUCAUUAAUAAAGGCCUUUGAUUCCGGCUUCGACCGUGGAGCUACCAAGGGAAAUGUUAGUUUUACACAAUCAUAUACCUAACCACCACGGGAGUAGCCAGGAUUCUAUCUAGGGGGGAGCUAUCAGCUAUACUGAAAUCGAGGAUUUCACAUUUCAAAUUGAUACUGUCCGGCCGAAACCGAAACAUCCACAUAAGUUCACUUUUUCACUUCUAAGAAACAAAGUUAGUUAAAUCUUAGAAUAUCUUAAAUUUGGUAUGAAACCUCGUAGACCGACCGCUCAGCUGAAGGAGGGGGGGGGGGGGGGACGCUACGCCCAUGCUAAGCACCAUUCCGUUUCAUUCAUAUACCGAAAAAUUUGAGUACCAUAUUUGAGUAAUUCCGGAAAACUGAUAUUGUUACGAGUUGUAAGUACAUUCUUUCAUCCAAGUUAUAAGCGGCCUCAAUCAAUUUCUCAAAAUAUCACCCCUAUACACGUAUAAGUUAAAAAAAACUAUUGCAUUAUUUUUGGGAGAGUAGAAUUUGUUAAAUCUUUUAAGUAAUAUCUAUCUCCAACCUACCCUUGCUUUCGUGUAUUACCUAAUAUUGUUAAUUUAGAAAUAUCUUAUAUUUGGUUCUGCGUUUACUAUGCAAUAUAAGCCUAGGGGUCAAAUAUUAUCAUUUAUAAAUAAACCAACUAUAUUGUCAAAUUCCAGGUGAUUAUUAUUAAAACUAAUGUUAAAAGGUACCUAUAGUCGAAAAAAAAUCUAGUCUAUAAGAUUACUAGGAAUCAUAGAAAAGUACAAAGCGAUAAUACCUAUUUUAAAUGUAAAGAUUUUAGUUAAUUUGUUCAAUAAAAGACAAUUUUAGUAAUGAAUAGUUAAUAUAAUAUUAAUUUAUUGUUUUCUCAUUGUAUGUUUUAUUUUUGUAAUUUAAAAGUUGAUCUUUUUUUUUUUGAAUACCAAAGAGCGAUUGCGUUUUGUCCUUACGUUUAGAACAAUGUGAAGCACAAUUUUGUUGUUAAGUACAAUGAUUUGUGAUUUGUAAAUAAUUGUAUGACUGUGUGAAUAUUGCAAUCAUUAAAAGUAAAGUAUUUACGUAAA